AAUCACCAAACAGUACGAAGUUGAAAUUCUCACGCACAACGAAGUUGUUUGGUAAUUCGCUUUACAUUGGACCCAUUGAGAGAGGUAAGCAAUGAGAAUUUCUUUUCCAUGGAGUUGUUGUACUUCCUCCCUGACUUACAUGCCACGGCGAAUUUGUUUGUUGGUUGGUUGAUUGUUUGGUGUGGCACAUCUGUAGAUGUUGUGUGUGUUCGUCGUCGUGGUCGUUGGCUCCCUUGCGCAUUUAUGUUGUAUAGCUGGCUGAAUUCGCCGCCCAUUGGCUGCCUGCAUUUUGAAUCCAUCAGAUACACGACACCAUGGUGUAAUCAGUUUUGUUUCGUUAUUGUCCGGGUACGGUUGUAAUAAGCGCUUGCUAGGGCGAAUGUGCGACGGUUUUGAAUGCAUGAAAUGUAAAAGAAGCAAAAGAGAAUUCAAAUGAAAUGCAAAUUAAAAAUAAACAAAACAAAUUUAAGCGAAAUUAAAUCGAAAUUGGAAAUUUUAUACGUAAAAAAUAGAAUUUAUGAAAAUUCGUGAUUGUUGAGAGAAAACAAAACAGAAAAUAAGAUUUUGGAUAAAUAUCAUUAAAAAUUCUUUUGUGUCUAACAUUGAAAUCAACCCCAUAUUCCAACGUUGUAUGGAAUUUUUUUGUGUGAGGCAGGCGGCCGACACAUCUCUUAAAAGUGUAUUCCCGUGCUGAGGUGUUCGUCGUUCGAAGGCGACGACGACGUCGAGGAGGAGUAGCUGGAGAGGAAAGCAUCUAAUGUCUGUACGUUGGUAUAAUAUACAAAACAGCCUGACAGACGAAUAAGAGCUAGACUAUUGUCCUAUGCUCCAGAGUCCUAAUUUUCCGUAUACGUGUGUAGGUGUGUGCGUGCGUUUUCGUAUUUUCUGUGUGUAGAGAAUAGCACCUUAAAAAAGAAAGAAAAAUAAAUAAUAAAACAAAUAAUAAAGAGAACGAAAUAAAAACACAAAUACUGAAAUCAUAUUGGAAUAACUUCAUUUUGGAUUACAAAUACAAAAACAACAACAUUGAAACUCAUUGAUGCUCUAUAACCCUCUCAACAGGCUAUGUUCUAUGCCGGCCAAUCUUAAAAACCAUUAAAAAAAUCUUUUGAGUGCCAUUUUCAAAUGGGGAUUUUUUGAAAAACUAACGUUUUCCAAUAUUCCAAAACGAUAUCGAAUCAACAAUUACAACAACGACAACAACCUUUGAGUGCCAGUAUCACAUAAAAUUAAAGGAAAUCUAUGGGAUUUUCUCAACACCCACCCCAACCCCAUUAAUGGUCCAGGGUUCUUAAGAAGAAUAUCCAUUGAUAUUACAUUUGUGUUUAUGUGUUCGUGUGUGCAUGUGAGGAGAUCGCGCGUGUAUCUAUUUGCUAUGCAUUUUAACCCAAAAAUAAUUGUAUCUGCCUGAAAACGAAAUCCUAAUAAAAUCAUAUUGCAUUUAAGUGGUUGUAACGAAAAGGCAAAUAUUGAAAAUCAAUUUAUGUAUUUAACGAAAGGCCAAAAUUUUGAAAACAAAAUUGGAAAUUGUGCAUAUAAUACAACAACAACAAAAUAUCUCCUACUAAGCUCAAUUGGUGUUCGACUAAAUUAGAAUCAAUAACAAAUGGGAAUUUGUGAAGAAAUUUGAAGUGUACUUUUAAGCAAACAAAAAUUGAAAGAGAAUUGAGAAACAGCAGAUUUUUAAUGGAUCAAUCUACUACAAUUGGAUAAAGGAUUAAACAGAUUUAUCUUUACAAAAGAAACGGGACAGAACAAAAAAAGGAAAGCGUGUGCUGUUAUAUUAGCGUGACAUAAAUACACCAAACAGAAUCACCCAAAACAGGAGAACUUUUAAGUACUACCAAAUUUGAACACGUUCCUGAAAAACCCAAAACAACAAAAAUACAUACGAAAACGACUCUCUGGAAAACAUACUCAACGCAUUAUCAACGUGACAAUUUUUUAUUGCUUUGCAAAAAUCCAACAAACACUUAAACGUAUUUUUGGGUUGUAAAUAAUACAAGCAGCAGAGUUGAAAACAAAGAAAAAACACAUCUUUCUACAAAUAGAACAAUAUUAGUGUACUAAGCUCAUAACAUCAUCAAAUCGGAGUGAGAGGAAAGAAAGAAAAGAGGGAAAAACUAGCAGUUAUUUGUUCCUAUUGCAAGAGAACUCCUUGUGGAACACCUAAAUGCCAACUCUAGUUUCCGGGAGUAAUGCUGGGCAAGAAGUAGAAGGAACAAUAAAAAAUACCCAAGUGAUAAAUUGCUGCUGAACAUUACAAGACGCUCAUAAAAAGAACUUCACUUUAAGUUGUUGUGUGUUGCAUGUCCUUUGCGGGGAUAUAACAAGGACGGCAGAGGGCCAGGCGAAUUGCAAAAAUUUAAGACUUCCAUUUUUUGGGGGCAAAACACACGCCCAAACUGUGUACAGGAUACUCAAAACACGUCCGUCUACGCUCUCGCUCUCGUGGUAUAUUUAACACAUUUAAGUGUUCCCGUUUGUCGGUGUCGCGUGUAUCCCAAACAACUCGCUCGUAAUCGCGGUGUCGCAGACGUUGUCCUCAUUCUUCGUCUGUCCUACGUAUUUUCAAGUUGGACAGAAUUGAAACGACAUUGGUUGCAGACUGCAAUUCCUCCUUUCUUUUUGUGAAAUGUUAAGGAUCAAGUUGAAGGUUACAUUACCCCAAUAACAGCAACACCAACACCAACUGCAGCAGCACAGCAUUUUUCAAGACAUUGUACUUGACACUCAACAAGAACAACAACCACGUUAUAGUUUCCGCUUCCGUCGCUCCGAAACGAUAAAACUAAAAUUCCUUGGGACACAUUCGAAACUUGUUCUUGGAAAGAAAACAACAGCAACAACAGCAACACUGCCAGACUUUAAAAUAUACUAUAGCAUACUUCAUUUUCUUGUAUACGGGUUUAUAAAUGUUUGAUAUGAAUUGAGUGCAAAACUGACAUCACUCUGUGAAACAAAGCACAAGGACUGUAAAAAAAGAGGACAUAAAAAACAACACCAACAAUAGUAAAAAAUGCAAUUUCGUUUCGGUUAGUAAAAGUGGAAAGUCGCUCGUCGUCGGUUGCCAUUGCAUUUCUGUGAAAUUGCAAUAUCAGAACAAAGUUAUCAAACAAAAGAACAACACAUCAUAUCUUAAGAACAAAAACAACACAAAAUUCCCAUUAAAGUGUAAAAAAAAACAAACAAACAAACUUUAUGAAUUGUAUUCAUCCUUGCCGUGUGAAAUGUGGUAACAAAUUCCCCCCGUUGUAAAACAAACACCAACACAUCCACAUCAAUCCGAAAGAAAUAUGACACAAAUAAUGUCCAGUAGUUGCUGUACAACGAGCUGUGGACGACAGUUUCCACAAAUAGCUCACAAGGAUAUCACUAGCCAUUAUCUGCCCCAGCAACGUCAGCAUCAUCAGCACCACAAUCAGCAUCUGCAUCAUCGAAGUCUUUGGAGUCAUUUGUUUUAUACACGCCGAAGAAUGUCAUUGCAGCGUGUUGUUUACAACUUCGGCUAUUUACUGCUGUUAUUAUGCUCCAUUACAACGUUAUUACCCCAAGUUAAAGCUCAAUAUCAAUCACCCCGUAUUAUUGAACAUCCCACAGAUUUGGUGGUGAAAAAGAAUGAACCAGCCACACUGAAUUGUAAAGUUGAAGGCAAGCCCGAGCCCACGAUUGAAUGGUUUAAGGAUGGUGAACCCGUCAACACAAACGACAAGAAAUCCCAUCGUGUUCUUUUCAAAGAUGGUGCCCUCUUCUUCUAUCGCACGGUGCAGGGUAAAAAGGAACAGGACAGUGGUGUCUAUUGGUGUGUGGCCAAAAAUCAUGUUGGCAAAGCAGUCAGCCGUCAUGCCACUUUACAAAUAGCGGUUUUGCGUGAUGACUUUCGCCCACAGCCAAAGGAUACACGUGUGGCCAAAGGAGAAACAGCAUUGUUGGAAUGUGGGCCACCAAAAGGUAUUCCGGAGCCAACAUUAAUAUGGAUGAAGGAUGGCGUUCCUUUGGACGAUUUAAAGACGAAAUCUUAUGGAACCACGUCACGUAUACGCAUUGUCGAUGGUGGCAAUUUAUUGAUAAGCAACGUUGAACCAAUUGACGAAGGCAACUAUAAGUGUAUCGCUCAAAAUAUUGUCGGUACCCGAGAGUCCAGUUAUGCUAAACUAAUUGUAGAAGUUAAACCCUAUUUUAUGAAGAAACCCCAAGACUUAACCAUGCUGUCUGGCCAAACGGCAACCUUUCAUUGUUCUGUGGGUGGUGAUCCACCACCCAAGAUUUUGUGGAAAAAGGAGGAGGGUAAUAUACCAGUUUCCCGUGUCAGCAUACAACCGGAUGACAAAGGUUUAGAGAUUUUCAACAUUGUGCCCGAGGAUGAGGGCACCUAUGUGUGUGAGGCUCUCAAUUCGGUGGGUCAGAUUAGUGCCCGGGCCUCAUUGACUGUGCAUGCACCACCCACCUUUAUUGUCAAGCCCCAAGACAAAAAAGUCGGCCUGAAUGGUGUCGCCCUAUUCCCCUGUGUGGCCGAUGGCAAUCCACCACCUUCUGUGUUCUGGACCAAGGAGGGUUCCAGCACUCUUAUGUUUCCCAACAACUCAUAUGGACACUUGCAUGUUUCACUCGAAGGCACUCUCCAAAUCAACGGAGUACAAAAGGAUGAUGCUGGCUAUUAUGUCUGUUCGGCCUUUAGUGUUGUCGAUUCCACAACAAUUCGAGCAUUUUUACAGGUUACGUCUGUAGAUGAUACCCCACCGCCCAUCAUCCAAAUUGGUCCUUCAAAUCAAACUCUACCCAAGGGCAGUGUUGCCAUGUUACCGUGCCGUGCUUCAGGACAUCCAACACCACGCGUCAAGUGGUAUCGUGAUGGCACCACCCUACAAAGUGGUAAUCGUUAUACCAUUGUUCAGGGUGGUUCUCUUCGGAUUGAUGAUCUCCAACUAAGCGAUUCUGGCCUCUAUACCUGUACGGCCUCAUCGGAAAGUGGUGAAACCUCUUGGUCGGCAACGUUAACGGUGGAAAAGAGCAGUUCAUCAACAUUACAUCGUUCAGCAGAUCCCAGUACCUAUCCAGCACCGCCCGGCACCCCCAAAGCUUUGAAUGUUACCCAAAACAGCAUAUCAUUAAGAUGGUCCAGAAGUCAGGAGAAGCCACAGGCAACAAGUCCAAUUAUUGGUUACACAGUCGAAUAUUUCAGUUCCGAUUUACAAACUGGCUGGGUUGUGGCAGCUCACCGGGUACCAGAUCAACAAAUAACGAUUUCCGGUUUAAAGCCAGCAACAUCGUAUGUGUUUUUGGUACGUGCUGAAAAUUCGCAUGGAUUAUCGGUGCCAUCGGGCUUAUCGAAUGUGAUAAAAACUCUGGGCUCCGAAUCCGGCACGGUGCCGCCAAGUGAAAUAUCCGAAGCGCGUGCCGUAUUAAGUGGCAAGGUUGUUGAAUUAAUUGAUGCUGCAGCCAUUAACUCUACCGCCGUAAGAUUGGAUUGGGUUAUGCAUGUAAGCGUAACCGAGAAAUAUGUUGAGGGUCUAUAUAUACGCUAUCGUGAUGUUAGUGCCAACUCCCAGCAAUACAAUAUUCUGACCGUAUUGAAUCCUUCAAUUGAGUCACAUGUGGUUGGUAAUUUAAAGGAAUACACCAAAUAUGAAUUCUUUUUGGCGCCAUUCUUUCAAACUCUGGAGGGUCAGCCGAGCAAUUCGAAAAUUGUCCAGACCUAUGAAGAUGUACCCUCAGCACCACCUGACAACAUACAAAUUGGCAUGUAUAAUCUAACAGCUGGCUGGGUGAGAUGGUCCUCUCCGCCGCCCCAGCAUCACAAUGGCAUCUUGUUGGGCUACAAAAUUGAGGUAACAGCUGGCAAUACCUUGAAAGUUUUGGCCAACAUGACUUUGAAUGCCACCACCACAUCGGUGUUACUCAACAAUUUGACAACUGGUGCUACCUAUAAUGUACGCCUGAAUUCCUUUACCAAGGCUGGAGAGGGUCCCUACUCGUUACCGGUCUCAUUAUUCAUGGAUCCGGCCCACUUGGUGCAUCCGCCACGUGCCCAUCCUAGUGGCUCGCACAGCAGUGUAACUGGACACACCGGCGGUGUGGGAGGGGAAGGUGGUCAUUAUGCCUAUCAUCCCAAUGGGGUGGCCGGCAUGCCUGAUGAUGCGGCCACAACAACCACUCAACGCAAAUCAACAACGGUGGUCCAUGAAACCUGGUUUAUGGCACUUGUCAUAACAAUGCUAUUGGCCAUAUUAGUAUCAGCUGCAGCUGCAAUGCUAUUCUUCAAGAGGCGCCAUCAGCUAACAAAGGAACUGGGGCAUUUGAGUGUAGUCAGUGCCAAUGAGAUAACCGCCUUGAAUAUUAAUGGCAAGGAUAGUUUAUGGAUAGACCGCGGUUGGCGCACCACCGAUACCGACAAAGAUUCCGGCUUGAGCGAAACCAAAUUGCUUUCCAAUACAAAUAGCCAAUCGAAUUACAAUACAUCAGAUGGUGGCACAGAUUAUGCCGAAGUGGAUACAAGGAACAUGAGCACGUUCUACAAUUGUCGAAAGAGUCCUGAAAAUCCCACACCUUAUGCCACAACCAUGAUAAUUGGUGCCUCUUCCACGGAAACAACAUGCAUGAAGACAUCGGGCUCGAGCACAGAUCAAGAUUCAGGUACGCAUUCUCCAAAUUCGGAGGGUAUCAAUCCCCAUUGUGGUGGUCCCAAUGGUCCAGCUGGAAAACAUAAUUAUCAUCAAUAUCCACCAGAACAAAUUAAUUGGUCAGAAUUUUUGCCACCACCACCGGAACAUCCACCACCAGUACCCUCAUCGUGUGGCUAUACACCAGGGUCGCCACAGUCCUCGCGAAAAAGUUCGAAGAGCGGUGGAUCGGGGAUUUCAACGCAUCAAAGCGCCCUGAAUUCAUCCAUACACAGCAGCUCAUCGGGUGGCUUCUCCACCUGGGGCAUGGCUCCGCAGUGCGCCGCCUCGGCUGGUGCCCGCCCUCCACAGGAGAAUUACUACAACAAUCCCUUGCCAUGUGUGGGAAGUACCCAAAAUCGUUAUCAAAUAACUCCAACGGGACAGCAUCCUCCUCCUUUGCCUCCAUAUUUUCCGCCCGGAGCUGGUGGGACGGCACAGCUACCACCCCGCAAUAUACAUAUCCAUUAUCCAGCGCCCAGACAUGCAAUGAGUGAAUAUCAACCGACCGGUACGCACAACUCGAGAUGUUCGAAUGGAAGAGCCUGUACCAGCUGUGAUGCUUUAGCUUCACCCCUACAGCCCCUGCCUCCACCCGGUGAAGGUUGGUAUCAACCACUACAUACAUCUCACAUGCCACCAAAUUCCUCCGCACAUCAAAUCUAUCAAUGUUCCUCCGAAUGUUCAGAUCAUUCACGUACCUCCCAUACAAAUGUUCCCCACGGACAUCAUCAUUCCCAUGGCCAUGGUGGCCACAAUAAUCAUGGUCAUAGUCAUCAUGGUCAAACAACGCCUAAUGGUCAGGACACAAUGCGUUCGGAAAGCAGCACAGAAAAUGGUGGUAAAUCCAGUGGACAUCGAUGUCACAAUAAGUCACGAUUCCCCGAAAUCAUGGAGAAUGAUCAUCAAUUACCCAACAGUUCGGCGGGCUCCUGCACCUAUGAAGUGCUGGGCGAACCAAUGCGUAAUUGCAGCGAAUGUUGCAGUAGUUCACGGGAGGGUGAUACAUGCUCCUGCAGUGAAGGUUCCUGUUUAUAUGCCGAGGCCGGUGAACCAGGUAUGCCGGCAAAUAAUGGUGGAGGUGGUCCACCACCACCGCCAGCAAUUCCCGGUAAACUAAUGGCGCAAAACAAUUGAUAUGCCGCCUGUAUGUCGGCCGUAACGGCAGCAUCAACGGCCACCAUGGACAAUGGUGGCGGUCUGGUAACUGAUGUUGUCAUAUAUUUUUAGUGGCCCUUAAGUUUUUAGGAAAGUUAAAAAACAAUUUGUAAAAAAUUAAACCCCCUAACCAACUAAAACAACAGCCAGCAAACAAACAGGAACUGUAAGUGUAAAUUUUUGCGAAACCUCUAGUUGGUAAGCUUAGAUAUUUCAUAUUAUUAUGGAAUAGGUACACAUAAUACAACAUACCCUAUAAAUAGUUUAUUUUUCAAACGGAAAGCAAAUCGUAUUAGCAAUUCCCGUAACAAAAGAACAUAAUCAUUUGUAAAUUUGACAAGCAUUGAGAUUUUUUCGUAGCCAUCGAAUAGUAAAUUAUUUUAGUAAGAUAAGAUAAGGAAACAUAGACAUACACAUAUACACACACCCACAACCGAAAUUUUCGAAUGAAAUUGUCAAGGAAUGGUCCUAAAUUCUACAGCCAUUAACCACAAACCUCCACCUAAUGACAUUCAAACAAAAUUAAGGCAUUUAUAAAAUUAAAUAUUAUUUACUUUUUUAUUUUUUUCUUUUUCUAACAUUGGCGGGUCAGCCAGGCCACAAUGUGUAAAUGGCGUGUUUAUUGUGAAUUUUUCUUGUUGGGAAAGCCAAAAAAGAAGCAAAACCCCAAAAAAUGCAGUAACUCUUUUUAUAUUGUAAAUUUUUCCCUAAGAGCAUUCUCCAAGCCCAAUGUUUCGUAUUUGAAAUGCUUUUCCUUUUUUUUUUUGUUUUUCAUUUCUGUAUUCAAGGUUCGCUGCAUUUCCUGUUGGUGGUCUUUUGAAAAAUUACCCCCAUUUUAGCUAGGCUCCUUGCAACAAUUGCAUUUGGAAUUGUUAAAUAAUUUACCUGUGGCUGCAUUCGUUUUUCCACUUUUGGGUUGCCAUUUGUAAAAAAAGUUCGGAAUGUUUUGUGUCACGAUUCCCAUCCUUUGGGGGGUUUGUUGUUGUGUUAUGUUGAACUCAGGCAACUAUUGUGGGGGAACUAUUUUUCUUUGACGAUUUCUCUUUUUUGGUUUUUAUUUUGUCGUAUUUUUAUUUGCAUUAAAACGACAAUGUUAAUGGUUUUAAUUUAUGUUCAUUUAAAACAUAAUUUCAUAAUGAAAAUUGAAACGAAAGGCAAACAAUUUUAUGAUGCAAUUGGGAGCAUGCAAUGGCUUUUCAAUGGAAUUUUCGUACAACGUUUGAGGAAGUCAUAGGAAUGCUUAAUACCGAAGUUUUAAAAGAAAUAGUCUAGUCUUUAUCUUUCUAAACUUUAUCAAACAGUAACCUUUAGAUAUUUUCUUGGCAUAGUUUCCCUUCGAAUUUUAACAACUCCUGAAAAUUAGACGCAAUUUGUAGUUUAAAGCAGGAUCCAUUCAAAAAAAUCAAUUAUUAAAAAAAUAUGUCAUUGGGAAGUAUGUGAUUUAUAGACAAGUAUGUGAUGCACAGACAUUGAUUUUCACCUAGGAUAUUUCUUACUAAAAAUGGGAUGCAUCGUUCUACGUUUAGUUAUAGCUCCCAUUAAAAAGUAAUAUCUGAUUUUUUCUGCAAAAUUUUAUCCUUAAAUAAAAAAUGGCUUAUGUUUGACAGUGUGUAGCCUCUCCCAGUUGGUAGACUCGCAUGAAUGAAAAAGUUUCCAGUAUAGGUCUACUAUUAUGUAUGGGCCUAAUAUAGCCUUCCGAUUUAUGGUAUAUGGCAUUACCGGCUUUAAAACCACCCGUUCAGUAAAACCCAACGAGUCUGUAAGGAGAGACAAUCUCUUAAAAAAUGUUUUUUUCUGUAUUCCAUCUUGACAUGUAGCUUUCAAACUCCUUCUGAUAUUUGGUAUUUUGAAGAUUUCAAUCCGAUUUCUCUCUAAUAUCUUUGGCUAAGUGUACGAAAACUUCCCUUAAAAAAGGUAAAUGAGAUUUCAUGACCCAUCAUGCAUAUCAAUAGUUACUGAAUGUUCUAAUACAACACUUCUAACUUCAACACUUGGUGUAUUUUAUCAUUUUCCAUCCCUGGUUAUAUUAAACGAAAACAGUUAAUGAAACGUAGCAUACUUUCAGGCUCAUAACAUUUCAUCGGUACAGGGAUUCAUAACAUUUUGUUUUUUGGUAUUGAAUAACUUUUCUGUGGGUAGAGACAUUUUUAUAAGGUUUCUUCUUUUUGUUAUGUACCAACCUGGAAUUUUCGGUCAAUCAAAGAGCAUUGAAAUAUGCAUGCUAGUUACUGAGAAAUUCUAGCCCGUGAAACGCGCCAUGAAAUAUUGUGUCAAACUUUUUUGUUUAUGUUUACUUUCAAAUAUUCGAAUUUCCAUCAAAUUCUUUAUCGCUGUACGAAAUUUCAAAAUAUUCUCUUUUAUAUGAAAUCCAUAUUCAGAACUCAAAUUUUUGAGUGUUUCUCAUGGGAUACUUUGCGUGUGUUAAGUAUCCUUAUGAUUUUAUUAUGCCCUACACCUUGGAAAGAGCGUAUAUUAACUUUUGCCAUUCCGUUUGUAACAUCCCUAAAAUUUGUCGUAGGCCCCAUGAAGUAUAUAUAUUUAUAAUCAGCAUAAAAUUCUAAGUCGAUUUAACGAUGUGCGUCUGUAUGUCCGCCUGUCUGUUGAAAUCACUUUAAGGCCCACAUUAUUUGACGUAAAGCGUCAAAAUUUAGCAGAAGAAUUUGUAUUGUGUCUUGGAUGGUUGGAAUUGAAAAUGAGAUCAAUUGGUCCACGUUUUGGUAUAGUACCCAUAUAACGGUACCUCCCGAUAUUUUGAUGAUUUUUGCCAUAUAUUUUCACGGAUUUGUCUGAAAUUUGGUAUUUGUAGGUCAUAAUGGGUCCUAGUUCGUUUUGGUAUAGCUCCCAUAUAACGGUACCUCGCGAUAUUCGGUAUUUUGAUGAUAUUUGCCACAUUUCUUCGCGGAUUUGUCUAAAAAUUGGUAUUAGUGGGUCCUAAGGGGUUCUAGCUCCGUUGGCGAAACAUUGUAUGCAUAGGUCCACGUUUUUGUAUAGCCCCAUAUAGCGGUACAUUGUGGGUCAUAAUAGGUUCUAAUAUUUCCUUUACCCUAAGGUGGAGGGCAUUAAAAGUUCGGCCCGGUAGUACUAAUUUUUUUUACUGUUUUCUUAUGGCCUUUACCAGACAUAGAGGGGUAUAUUAAGUUUGUCGUUCCAUUUGUAACUCCUUGAAAAAAUGAUUUUAGACCCCACAAAGUAUAUACAUUCUUGAUCAGCAUAAUAUUCUUACUCGAUUUUGCUGUGUCCACCCAACAUUGCAAAAAUCUUUACAUAUGAGCUCAAGUUUUGUUGUAGACGCGAUAUUCGGUAUUUUGAUGAUUGCAUACUUUUCACCGGAAUUGUUUCAAAUUUGCUAUGUGUUGUUUGCAAUGGUUAUAACCUCCUAUGACAGAAAAUUGCUUGAACAGGUUCAUGUCUACGUAUAGCUCCCAUAUAUAAUUGUAUCUAAAGAUAUUCCGUAUUUUGAUUAUUUAUAUUGCACUUUUCACAGGAAUUGUUUCAAAUUUGGUAUUUGAUCUUCGCAAUGGGUACCUCUUCCUACGACAGAAAAUUAUAUAUCUAGGUCCACAUCUUCGUAUAUCCCCCAUAUCUUCCGAUAUUUGAUAUUUUGCCGAUUUUAGAAACCUUUUUCAACGGAAUCAUCUCAAAAUUGGUAUUUGGAAUCUACAAUAAGUACAGAAAAUUUACCAUACAGGUCUACGUUUUCGUAUAGCUCCAUUGUGUCUGUACCAUCCGAUAUUCGAUAUUUUAAUAAUUUCAUAGGCCAUUCUAGAAUUUUUGAAAUUUUGCAAGUUCCUUCCGUAUUGUGGAGGGUAUUAAAAGAUCGGCCGACCUUAGUUGUUUACUUAUUUAUUCGACCCGACUUUUUCACCGAAACCUAUUUCUCCAUUACCAGGUCAUGGAAGGGACUCAAUUCCUCCCUUAUGCUUUGUUUCUUAGGAUAAUCUCAACUUUAUUACUCCUACUUAAAAAGAAAUAUAAUUGCGUACCCUCCAAGAUGUAGCUUAAUACAGUGACUGACACUUCAAGAGUAUUCCUGACGAUUUCAUUUCUGAGUGACCAAAAGUACGGACACUAACUCAGUCACUGUGGAGAUAUCACUUUCUGUCAUUAAAGAAAGCCAAAAUUGGUGGGCAGAAAACAAAUACCUCCGCAAGGAAGGGUUUAGUUAUUCACGACGGAUCCAAGACUUAAGCAUACUUCAAGAGGAGUAUAAAGGGAGGAGAUUAGGAAAGCCAAAAUUCGCGGACAGAAAGCAAAUACCUCCGCAAGAAAGGAUUUGUUUAGACACGACGGAUCCAAGACUUAAGCAUACUUACAGGGGAUUUUUGAGGGAUUAAUUUUCAAGUGACGCAGGAGCUUUGGACACAUCUUGGCCUUGCCAAGGCAUGGUGGCGCACAGAAAACAAAUACCUCGGCAAGGAAGGAUUUGUUUAGACACGACGGAUCCAAGACUUAAGAAUACUUCAAGAAGAGUUUUGAGGGAUUCAUUUUGACGUAGGAGCUUUGGACACAUUUAGGCCCUGCCAAGGAAUGGUGGACCAAAGAGUUAUGAAUAAAUUAAAGGUGUUCACAACGUGAAUUUGUGGAAGCACCAAGAAUUACGAAUAUUUUAAGGGCUUGUUUAGAAACCGGGGAUCCCAACACCGGCGUUACCAAUACUGAGAAGAAUUCCAAAUUUUCGAAGGAACCAAGAGCCUCAUAUACUUCGUGGGGAUUUCUAAAUUGACAAUUUCCGAAAGAAAAGAGUUUGAAAAAAACACGAAGGACCUAUUAAUUAAAAUUUCAAGGAAAUAUGAGUUAGGUUAGGAUAAAGGCUGCGUGUUUGUGCAAACAACCACUUUACUCGGUGACCUAUUGCUCCAUUAUGAGUUACUGAUAUUUCAAAACUUUGCCAAUACUAUGACACCAAAGUCCAGGCACUUCAGGACUUAAGUAUCAUUAAUUCUAAUUAACAUUACUUUCAUCCUUCUCUUUGGUAUAAUUGUAUUUCACAAUUUUGUUUGAAUGUUAUCAAAGUUGUUUUGUGGUAAUUUUAAAAUUUCCUUUCCCUCCAUCUACAAAACUGUUGCAUCUAACUGUGCCAUAACAUAAACACGAAUUUCAUAAGAAAAUCAAGGACAACAAAAUUCUGACAUUUGAAGAGAAACGAAAUAAAAUGAACACACUAGCAAAAACAAAAAUAAAACGUGUAAAUUUAUAGGAAAACAGAAAAGCCAUUUCCCCCAGGUGAACAAAAACAAAUGGAAACUCAACAAAACUGAACUGUGUUUUUUAAAAAAAAUAUAUAUAAAAUUUAAAUGAAUACAAGUUGUAAUGCUAACUAAUUACAAUAAUAAAAAAUUAAACAAACUA